AUGCUUGAGAAGAUAGCUGUUGUUGUGUUGUCUCUGGCCACCGUUCCAUCGGUGAUCACUUUUCAACCCAUUUGGAUUGGAGAUAGUUUCUCCGAGAAAUCGUUCCUCUCUCCCCUUCAAAAUGAAUUACUCUGGGAGACAUGUGGUGUUCAAAAGGAAUCCAAACACAAAGAAUUCCCAUGGGCCGUAUCGUUCACAGUGGAUGGGGUCAACCGACUAGGUGGAUCCAUCAUCAGCCCCUAUCAUAUUCUAACUGCCGCACAUGGAUUUGUCACGACGAUUGGAGCAAGGGGAAACUUGUGUAUGGACCGCGAUUUGAAGCAUCCAAAUAGCUCUGUCUACCGAUCCAUUGAAUUCCUACGAGAAACGCGUAAAGUCGCCUAUGGAGGUAAGUGUAUUCGAGGAUUCACCGAAGAGUAUCCAAACGACAUUAGAUGCAAAAAGCCGGAUGUCAUUCAUAACAAGAUCAGAAGUGUUCUGGUAGAUGGUGAUUUUGCCGCGUCCAACUGCACAAGUGGACAUGAUUGGGCGAUUGUGGAAGUAGAGAAAAGAAUUCAGUUUGGGAAGGAUGUCCAACCAAUCUGUCUUCCCAGGCCGAAUAUGUACUAUACUAGAUCAUUAACUGUGCCAGGAUGGGGAAGGAGUUACAUAUUCAAUGAGAGUGGUCCUCUGAUUCAUGAGAUUCCAAUGAGAGUGGAUCGAGAUUGUCGUCGUCCGUGGAGUGAUAGACUGCCAGCUGAUGCCAAUGAUUAUGUAUGUGCCACAUCCAUGGACAUUUACAACUAUUCAGCACCAAGGACUUGUCAUGGCGAUAGUGGAGGCGGUUUGGAGUACCGUGACGAUUUCGGAAGAGCCAUUUUGAUUGCAAUCACAUCUUUCGGUACUCGUGGCUGUCCAAGUAAUAUGCUGGCCAGGUUUACCAGAGUCGAUGUGUAUUUGGAUUUGAUUUGUAAAUAUACCGGAGUGUGUUAUUAUUAG